GUGUCAUAUAAACCAAGUUCACAACAAAUGAAAACCACUUAUUCGCUUUAUUUUGCGCCCAUUUUCAAUGAGCUUAUCGAGAUCUAAAGUAGCCCUCGGUCACAACCAAGAAAGCGGCGAGGACAGCGGCGGGACCAAGCGGGGAGGGGCGUAUUCCCCGGGACCCCAGGGGCAAAGCGAGGAAGUACAGACCCAGAUCAACGACUGGUCACAGUCGGACUACAAGGACAGUCAUGACCCGACGACCCCUAACAAUGGGGGCACAGGAGCGGAUCAACAGGUCGAGGACGAGGUGGAGGGGGUGGACGACUUUGAUGACAUGGGUCUGUGUGACCAACUCCUGAGAGGGAUCUACGGCUUUGGAUUUGAGAAGCCAUCUAUGAUUCAACAGAAAGCCAUUCCAAUAGCCCUUAAAGGAUCUGACAUGAUUGCCCAAGCCCAGUCUGGGACUGGGAAAACAGGGACCUUUUCCAUUGCCAUCCUUCAACAGUUAGAUCCUGGACUUAAACGAUGCCAGGCUCUGGUUCUGGCCCCCACCCGCGAGCUAGCAUCGCAAUCACAGCGCGUGAUGACGGCCCUUGGUGACUAUAUGAGGGUCGUCUGCCAGGACAUGGUUGGCGGGAACCAUGUGGCCAAUGACGUAAACAGACUUCGCGAGGGUGUGCAUGUUGUCAUAGGAACGCCUGGUCGGAUUCUUCAUCUGCUGAGAAAAGGGUAUUUGGAUUUGAGUGCCGUCCGGCAUUUCGUCCUGGAUGAAGCGGACCAGAUGUUGUCGAGAGGAUUUCUGGACCAGAUCAAGGACACUUUCCAGUACCUACCAAGAGAUGCACAGAUCAUACUCGUCUCUGCAACCCUACCACCAGAGGUCCUGGACAUUACUCACGAGUUUAUGAGAAAUCCCAGACGUAUUCUGGUAAAAAGAGAGGAGCUGACUCUACAAGGGAUCCAGCAGUUCUAUGUCAAUGUGGAAAGAGAGGACUGGAAGCUGGACACGCUAUGCGAUAUUUAUGACACCAUCACUGUGGAGAAGACCAUCAUCUUCUGCAAUAUGCGCGGCAAAGUAGAAUGGUUGGAGAGGGAGAUGAACAGACGAGAUUUUACAGUGUCGGCCAUGCACGCAGGAUUGUCCCAGAAAGAGCGGGAACUGAUCUUGCGCAGCUUCCGGACCGGCUCCAGUCGUGUCCUUAUCUCAACCGACCUCCUGAGCCGAGGGAUUGACGUCCAACAAGUGUCGCUGGUCAUUAACUUUGAUUUACCUAUGGAAAGGGAGAGCUACAUUCACAGAAUCGGACGUGGCGGACGUUUCGGACGAAAGGGGACAGCUAUCAACUUUGUGACGUCAGACGACUUCCGGAAAAUGGAGGAUCUUCAGAAAUUCUACAACACGGAGAUCCUGGAGAUGCCGAGCAACAUCGCCAGUCUCUUGUAAAGAAUGGACGUUAACAAAAACAUAACAUCAUGUGAUUGAAAAGAAAACUGUUUGGCCAUUAUAUAUAAUAAAUCCAUUAAAAAUAUG